AUGGAUUUAUCUUGGAACAAAAUCUCGGGAAACAUACAGCCAUUCAUUGGGGCCUUUCAGUGCCUUAGCUCUCUAAACCUGUCAAUAAACUCGUUUGAAGGUAUCAUUCCACAAUCUUUUGGUGAUUUGAUAGCAUUGGAAUCUAUAGAUCUCUCUUACAAUAAUCUAUUUGGCAGCAUACCCAAAUCUCUUGAGAAACUUAAGUAUCUCAGUUAUUUGAACUUGUCAUUCAAUAAGUUGUCUGGAGAGAUUCCAAGUGGAGGACCUUUUGCAAAUUUCACUGCAAAAUCUUUCUUGCAUAAUGAAGCACUAUGUGGAAGCCCAUAUUCACAAGUCCCACCGUGCAACCAUGGUACCAAAAAAUCUAAUAUGAAAAAAAUAAUGCUCACAUGUGUCGUAGCAGCCACUGUUUUGGUGGCAGCUAUUGGAUUCUUAUAUAUGCUGAGAAAAUGUCAACAAAGUAAAGUGCGGAUUCCUGAUUCUGUUAAAUUGUUAUCAACCGUGGAGCAGAGAUUGAUUUCAUAUUAG